CCUGGGGACGUCAAGCCCUUCUUCGGCGGGACCCUCAUGCCGGCGCCAUAUGAGGAGUAUGAGGGUAAAGCGAAGAAGCUUCCCGAGACGAUGUUUGUGCGGCGUCCAGUUCUUGAGAACCUCCUCCGCAAGCUUCUGCUCGGCCCGUCCAAAGCGAGCUCAAACAUACACACCAUCACGGGCUCAAUCAGAUCACUGGAGACAGUGAGGGACUCCAACGGCGCUCGUGUUAAUACUGUUAUCAUCAGGCAGCACGACGGUGGCGAGAUCAUCAUCAACGACCCUACGCUGGUGGCCGGUACAUCUCCGUGA